GAUGCUGCAGUUUACAUGUAUAUUUGCGGUGGUUUGCUGUGUAGUUCAGAUCAAGGCAAAUCUUCAAGGACCAUGUAAAGGUAAAUGGGAAGGAAAAAUCGAUAAUGCUUUCAUCGAGAAUGAGAUAGGAUUCGAGACGGAGGGCAGUGUGUUUAUGAAGAAUGACAAACCGGAAGGCGGAGUUCUUAUUGGUCGUAAUCUUGACUUGGAUAAUACAGAUGAACAGUUCUUUCUGGACUUAAAUGUUCCACAGCAUAUAAUUGAUAAAUUGAGUCCUUAUUUUGGACUUAAGGGGAAGAAAGCACUUAAGGAACUGGAAACAAAUCCAUUAUCGUUAACCGAUGAGAAGCAGCCACUCUAAGUACUAUAUUACUGAAUUAUGACGUCGAAGUUAUCAGUCUUGAAUAUAACAGUGACGUAGACCGCGAAGGUGAUCCUACCCUCCAAAUGUUCGAGGCAUUGACCAUGGCCCAACGGACAGCAAUCGUAUCCGUGUUCUACGAGUAUGGACUCAAUGGCGCCCCUGUAUUCUGGCGCGAAGCCGUCGAGCAAAACUGGAAUGACGUAAUUGCUGAGUUGGAGAAGAUGGGCGACACUACUGAGGCUGCCUUGUUAGAAAAUGAUACUGGCGAUCUCUUCGUUGAAGGUCAGAGCUGUGCUGAUCCACAUUUAAGAACGUUUGAUGGUAUGAAAUACAGCUAUCAGGGAUUUUGCUCUUACGUACUUACCCAGAGUGUGGACAAUGCUGAUUUCCCAGCAUUCCAAGUCAGCGCUAAUUUCAGUGGCGUAAGGAACCCCGAAAAGCCCAUCACAAGAAUGGUUGAUAUUAGUUUACUCGUAGAGGGCGUCCUUGUUGUGAAGUUGUACCAGGACAAUACAUUUGAGAUCAGUGGUAAACGCUUCGCAAAAACUUCUCGUGUUAUUGGCGAUGGGAAUGGAGAUGUUUACACAGAUGAAAUGAACGUCUACGUCCAGGUGACAAAACCCAAACUUCUGCUGACAUGGUGUGGACGCUUUCACAGGUUGAGUAUCCGUCUCGAGGACAGCCGUAUGCUUGGCAACGUCGCUGGCCUGCUCGGUGACGCUAACGGAGUGAUAGAAAAUGAGCUACGCAAACCCGAUGGCACAACUACAACCGACAUCGUUGAAUUCGGUGACAGCUGGGAGAUACCGGGAAGCUGUUAAUAACCAUGGCAAUGCCGGAUUGAUGCAAACCACACACUGUAAUGCUGACGAAUGACUGACGCUAUGUGGACCGAGGCGAUGAAAACUCACCGCCGCAAUGUGCCACAGAAAACUAGAUACAGCGUUUAUUUUACAUUAAAAUGCACACAUGCAAUACGUUAAUGAGAAAAGACAAUUUUAUCAUGAGUGCUUUGCUCCAUCAUGCUAUCAUGGUGCUAUGAACUAGAUCCUGGGAAAUGGAAUGACAAUUGUAAAUAUAAAUAUAAAUAUAAGUGUAAAUCAUUUAUCCACAGGGAUAUAAUGUUAUAUGAGAGGCAUAGAAUGACAAGUAAGAAAGUGGGUAAUGGCUUGAUACGUUUAAAGCUGUACUGGUAGCAGGGCUCUUAUCUUUUUGAAAACUGUACUUGCCUAGGUUGAUGUUAUGCGAUUAAAGAGCUUGAAAAAUAUUAA